UCGUUAUCUACGACCCCUGAUACUCCCUCAACACUGUGCGCCUGCGACACACUAGAUCUAUACGCGGCUCGGGAAGUGAAGACUAGAAUACAAGUAAGCACAGACGCCGGCUUGCAACAGCGUAUCAGUUAUGGCAUUCAUCCCCCUACUGCCAAUCCAUAACAACAUGAGUAUCCGCGACGCCAGCCCAACCACUGCAGCCACCACUUGUGCCGCGUUGCCGAUAACCCAUCAGUGCGGGCUCGGCGUAAGGAAUGACAGCAAGACAGCCGCGGGUACGACUUGUCCAGCCACUGCUGCACCGUCCGACAAGUCGUACCUCGUCGAUAUGGGCCGCAAAUGUCCUACGGAGCCCAACGUGGAGAAGGUCGUAGGCGGCGGAGCAAAGUACACUGACGGAUGGUUGAGGCUAUUGUGAAGGCGGACUUAUUGUGCGGCACACUGGCUAACGGAGCACAUGGGAAACGUGGAGGCUGUUCGAACGGCACCUUGUACUCAUCUGUUGCUCGCCGUCGAUACCCUCCGAAUUCACACCCCCAUUCACCCUCACUACACGCAUUGGCUUGGCAU